ACACGUCCCUAUCGAAGUUGUUGUUUGAACUGGAAUGUUCUUACGUUUUAUAUAAAUAAUCCGUGCUGGUUGUUUAAACCGGCCAGUCAGUAUUAAAAAUGGAAGGUCAACUGAAGAUGUUGGCCCUUUACCUUUUCCUGAUUUCAGCUGUAUCAGGGGAGUAUGUGUUCACACUUCCCCGGGUAAUGGAAGCCGGAGCUACAACCAGUUUCUGUCUUCUCCUCAAUGAUAUGAAACUUGAUGGAUUCAAGCCAGAAAAAGGGUUUACAGUAACUGUCAGAUUGAAAUACAUGCUUGAUGACAAUACUAGGUCCUUGACUGAAGCACAAAAGUUUGAUUUUGGAGUAGUUAACAUAGACGGAGAAUUUCAACAGUGUCAUGAAGUGUAUACACCUUCAGUUGACGGGCGAUUUUCCGCAGUAGUUAAUGCAAGCAUGACCUACUACUCAGAGGAAGAUUUAUCAACGCCAAGUUUUGUAGAAAUAUUUGGUGCCGAGAAGUUCAUUGAUGUUCGUCCAACCGACCUGAUUACUUUAGUACAGACAGACAAACCGAUCUAUAAGCCAGGACAGACGGUGAAAUUCCGGGUUAUGACAAUGGACUAUAACCUAUUGUCAAAGACAGACGGCUACCAACAAAUAACGAUCGAGACGCCAAACGGAUUGAGAGUCAUGCAGUGGGACAAUGUACCAUCGCCAAAUGGUCUUGUCAGUCUUGAGAUGCCACUAAGCUCCGAUCCUCUGCUUGGAUCAUGGCUUAUCAAAGUUGUUUAUGGAUCGAAAGAAACAACACAGUCUUUUACUGUGGAUGAGUACGUUUUGCCGAAGUUUGAGGUUACAGUAACGCCACCUAAGUACCUUCUACCUACGACAGAAGAUAUCCACGUAAAAGUAUGUGCAAAAUACACGUACGGAAAGCCUGUGAAGGGUCAGUUGAAGAUGAAGGUCUGUUAUAAGUAUCCAUAUUCCUAUUACAAUCGGGAAGAAAGGGAGUGUGCGAACAUUAUAAAGACGAUUGAUGGUUGCGACGAAUUCUUCAUAGAUGCUGAUGAUUCUAUUAAGCUCGGUCACAGAAAAUACGGGUCAUGGGGAACGUUAAAGAUUGAAGCAAACGUUACAGAAGACGCAACAAAUAUUGAGCUAUCCGGUUCAUCGGAUGGGCCUCACCUGUCGUUUUACCCUCUCAAUCUAAGAAUGGAAGAUGAUUCAAAUAAUUAUUUCAAACCAGGAUUUCCUUACCAUGGUAGGGUUAUAGUUACGAACCCCGACGGGAGUCCAGCCAUUGGUGAGCCUAUUCGGGUAGAAGGAAGCACGUAUGACUCCAAGUUUAACUGGGUACAGAACUUUACCACGGACGAUAACGGAAUUGUACAUUUUGUCAUCACUGAAUUUGAAAGUGGUAUAGGAACAUUAAAUUUGCGCGCGGACGCGAUUGUUUAUGAUGAUGACAAGCGGUACACAUCAGAUGAAUUGUAUUUCCGCACAUAUACUCCUCAAGCCUAUCUCCGACUUACCAAAUGGUUCUCGCCGUCCGACAGUUAUUUAUAUAUUCCCGAUGUUGACCAGGCUGUCGAAUGCAACUCCAUGCUACCCCUUGAUGUUUUCUAUACAGCGGAAGUUGGAGCGGACUAUAAAUUUAUGGCAAUUGUGAAGGCAGGCAACAAGAUAACAUACACAAAGGAGACAAAAAUCAAAGCAGAAGACAGUAUUUAUAACAUAGAAAUCCUCAGUGUCGACGAUAGCAUGAUUCUUCAAAAGGAGUUGAAGCCAACUCCUCCUCCAACCUUGCCGCCGCCACCACCACCUGGCUCUUCGGAGCUACCGCCACUGCCAGAACUUCCGCCACUGCCAGAACUUCCGCCAGAGCCAGUGCCUUUUGAUGGAGAAGAAUUGGAACCCGUAUUUGAAGAAGUUAUUGUUCCAGAAACUGCCCAGAUCCUUGGGGAUACCGGAGAAAAUCCUAGAAAGAAGAGAGAGGCAAUGCCAAACUUAGUUGGAUAUUUCAAGCUUGAAGUUCCUGUAACCCAGGACAUGAGUCCAAGUGCGAAGGUUUUAGUGUUUUAUAUGAGGACCGACAAAGAAGUCGUUGCAUCAUCGUUGGAAUUUAAGAUAAAGAGCUGUUUCAGAAACAAGGUUACGAUGUCAUUCGAUAAAACAACGAUGAGACCAGGCGCUGAUGUGAACUUGAACCUAAGUGCGAGUGCAAGUUCCACCUGUUUUGUAGGCAUGAUGGACAAGAGUGUGAGUCUCCUCGCUGGCAACAAUCAGCUAACACCGAGUCAGGUUUUUGAAAAGGUCAAACAAGUUUCACGUCCGUAUAACUAUAUCAGUUACUGGCAAGAAGACAAUGCAUAUUGUGAAAAAAAUGCUCCGCCAAAAGGACCUGAAGACUACUAUUCGUAUUACACUCAUUAUUCAUCAGAGGGCGUUGAUGCAAUACAAGCAUUUAGGAAUGUUGAAAUGUGGGUGGAGACUGAUGCUGUUUUAGAGACAAGACCAUGCACAGAGCAAAGACAAAUGUAUUACUACAUGGCAAGAAGUGGAAUGGUCGAUGACACAGGAGGUCCAGGAGAGCCCGGAUUAGGCGGCCCUGUUCCUAUGGCUCUUGAUUCUGAAACAAAUAUUGAAGUUAGUGCUAGAAAACAGCCCGAUACUAGUGAAGGGGAGCCGGAAUCGGAAGUGAAAAUACGCACACUCUUUCCGGAGACUUGGUUAUGGGAUAUUGUCAGUCUUGGAGAAGAUGGAAUGUUUACGUAUAAAACACAGAUUCCCGAUACGAUUACUGAAUGGGUUGGUAACACAGUAUGUACACACGAAAGUGACGGUGUGGGCGUUACGGAGAUGACAGGCGUAACCGCCUUCAAACCCUUCUUUGUGUCGCUUACUCUACCAUAUUCAGCAAUACGAGGGGAAGUGAUACCAGUUCUAGUUACUGUUUUCAACUACCUGUCGGACUGUAUAACUCUCAAGUUACAAUUCAGAGAGACAGAAGGUUUCGAGUUUUCAGGGAAGAGCGCUACUUCAAGGAAAUUUUGUUUAUGUGGCGGAGUCAGUGAAUCAACAAAAUUCCACAUUAUACCAACAGUCAUUGGGGAAAUAGAUCUAGAAGUUACUGCUGUGUCGAUAGAUGAUAGUGACCUAUGUGAGAAUGUUGUACUUGCUGACCUUGCUGCAGAUGUGUCGGAUGGCGUUCAGAGACAGUUACUUAUAGAAGCAGAGGGCGUAACACGUGACCAGACAAAGAGUUCAUACAUCUGUGUUAAAGAAUCUGAAAUAUUGACCGAGGUUAUAAACAUGAAUCUUCCGCCAGCUAUGGUGCCGGACUCGGAACGUGCUACCGUCUCCGUUGUUGGUGAUAUCAUGGGUCCCACACUGUCAAAUUUGAAAAACUUACUGCGCAUGCCUUACGGGUGCGGCGAGCAGAAUAUGGCUUCAUGGAUACCUAACUUAUCUGUUCUUCAAUACUUGGAAAGUACUGACCAACUUACAGAGAAACUUGAGGAAGAGGCUGAGGGAUAUAUGAGAGUUGGGUACCAGCGACAAUUGAACUACCGCCAUAAUGAUAAUUCUUACAGCGCGUGGGGUGAAAAUAGCUACGGUAACGCAACCGGAAGUUCCUGGCUGACGGCAUUUGUCGUAAAGGCCAUGGCUCAGUCGUCUGCUUAUAUUUCUAUCGAUAAAGAAGACGUUGUCCGAAGUGCACGUUGGCUUGUGAAUAACCAGCAAGAUAAUGGCUGCUUUCCUCGAAUUGGAAGGACAUUUAGUUCAUAUCUAAAAGGAGGACUUGAUGGCGACAACAUUGCUGGUCUUACGGCAUUCACCCUUACAGCUCUCUUUCAAGCCGAUCUUGGUGAAGCGUUUAUGACAAAUAUUUCUAAUGGAUUUUCAUGUUUGGACGAAAUCGACUUGGCAACCACAGACACGUACACUCUAACAUUAAUGUUAUAUGCUUACACUUUGUACGACAAUGAAGGGACCCGGCGCGCUGAUGUGAUGAAACAAUUACUCCUGAGACGUGUAGAAAAAGAUGGCCUUGAGUUCUGGCGAAGAGAUGACGAAGAUAGCGCAACGGAAGAUGACUACUGGUGGUACAGAGCGCCCUCUGCCGAGGUAGAAAUGACGUCAUACGUGUUACUGUCUAUGUUAGAGCAGGGACAGGAAGUCAUUGGCGAUGCACAGCCGAUUGUACAAUGGCUUACAAAACAGAGGAAUCCGUACGGUGGAUUUUCUUCCACACAGGAUACUGUUGUAGCGUUACAAGCUCUUUCUGAAUUUGGAAAACUAACUUAUUCUGGAGAUACGGCAGUUACAAUUGAGGUCAAGAAUCGGGCAAUUGGUCACGUGUUUUCCGUAACGCCAAGUAACAGUCUAGUAUACCAGUCUAUUGAUGUAAAUCCAUCUCAAGGAGCAGUUGAAAUUGCGACGAGUGGAGCUGGUUGUGCUUUGGUUCAGAUGAAUAUGAAAUACAACGUUUAUGAGGAAGAAGAUAGUGGUCCAGCCUUUGAUGUUAAGGUCAAUGUUUUUAGGUCAAGGGCACGUGGGAGAAACUGUGCUGUGAGAACGCUUCAAGUGUGUGCAAGUUAUCUAAAAGGAGGUGUAUCAAAUAUGGCCAUUGCAGAAAUAAAAAUGCCAACAGGGUGGACUCCUGUCUCCUCUACACUUGAUGAGCUUCUUCGGUCUGACAAGAUACAGAAGUAUGAAGUGGACAAGAAUUACGUACAGCUUUACUUUGAUGAGUUUUCCAGCAACAGAGUAUGUGUUGACUUCGACGUGGAACAAGAAUUAGAAAUGAACCCUAAGGCCGCCUUGGUCAAAGUUUAUGAUUAUUAUGAAACAAGAUACAGUGUAUCUACAAAUUACACGAUAAAAACAACAUGCGGAACGAAAGAGGAAAUACCUUACGAUAACGCAGGGUUAGACUGUACUAUAAUGCAGUGCAGAGUUGACUAUUCAAAAGAAUCAGAAGUUACAUGCCCUUCCUGUCUUGAUACAAUAGAAAGCGAAGAUAUUGAACAACUCUUCUGCGACGCAAAUAAAGUAUAUAAAGCAGUGGUCCGCAGACAUGGAGAGUACUCGAUAAAGCUGAAGGCAGACUUACGAAUUAAAGGGAAGUUAGUUUUGGACAAGUUUGUGAACUAUGAGAUGGGUGAACGAUGCACAUGUCAAAAUGUACAGUACGGUCCGGAGUCUAAAGCAUUUAUUUUUGCAAGAUCUGAAGCUUUGGAUUCCUAUGCUGCUGUGCUUACACUGGAAGACGGAGAAACUCUUAUCCCGUAUGAAAAGUCGUACGAAAGACUUAUAAACCAGCUUUCUUCGAAAAAGCGUCUUUGUGAAAAAUUAAAGCGCUUAAGGCGUUCCAGUUCUUCAGAAAGCGCUGCCAGACUGUUGAGGCUUAGGAGAAAGCUUGGCCUAAUGUAAAAUAAUUGUUUUAAAGCUUUCACUGCACAUAUAAGUACAUUACAUAAAUACAUUAAAACAAAAAAUAAAUAACACGGUAAUCGCCCGUACUUGCGCAUUUUAAACAAAUGGUAAAUCUAAAAUUGAUGGCCCAAGAUUUACUUUUAUUUACAGUUUUACAUGUUUACAUCGAGGAUGAAGGCCCGGAAAAUUACGUAAAAAAUAUUACUGAUGAUCUAAAUGAUGACUGGACAAGAUGAUACAAAUCCAAAAUUCUUACACUAGAACGUUUUGACUUGGAUAGUUUUGGAUUUGGGUCAUCCUAAAGAAACGUUUUAAUGGCAAAGAAUAUCUUUUGUUGAAAAUACUGGUUAAAAUUAGAAUGAAAAAGCUGGUAUCUUUUUUUUUAACAAAAUAACCGUGUCCACGACUCGGUAAACUUGUUUUGUUUUGGUUUUUCUUUCUUUUUAUAUUACGCUUUGCGUUUUUGUAAUAAGCUUUUUUAUACAUUACCGGAAGUGAGUGAUUUUUAAAGCGGUAUGAUUUACGGCUGGAAGACAGGUUAAGUGGUGAAGCUGUCUUUUCUAGUUUUGUUUAUAAAGGUCUGAACCAACUAAAUUCAAAGAUGGCUGAUAAAACUCAAUGUCUGAAGCUUCAAACGUAUCGUUUUUAUCAAAAACUUUCUGGUAAAAACACGCUUAGGGAAUAUAUUUACACAUUCGACCAUAGUUUCUGGUAAAAAUAACGAUGUUGAUAAUCGAAUAUCACACUUUAUGUCAGGCAAAUGACCAAUAUCUGCAAGAUGAAAUUUACUGGACAGCCGAUGUUUCUCUUGUCCGUAGUGCAUUUCUAAUAACAACUGCGACUCGUUUCGUCGCGCCAUCUGGUGGCAGAUGUUAAAACGAUUCAAGUUAUCUCAAAGAAAUGAUGUCGUCGAUAUAGGGGGCUGUGACGCUGUCUGAGUAAACUUCUAGAGAGUAAUUAUUUCUACAAAAAGAAUGACAUUUAAUGAACACGAGUUAAUAUGUUUUUUAUAACGACGCUCAUACUGAAAUUCUGUCCCAAACAUGUUUCGUGUUUCAGAGUGAUUUUUAUAUUGCGAAAUGAAAAGGCAGGUCGCUUUUGAAAAUCUGAGACAUGAAAAAUGGUUGAGGAGAUGGCAAAUAAGCAAGGUCGUUAUCUAUUUUCAAGGAUAUGCUGUUCAGGACAAACAAAAAUCAACGCAGGAAAAAAAUAUGCAUUAAGCGUAUCACCUUUAUUGAAUUUUUAAUCAUUUUGGGUUAAAAUUUGCAUUUAGAUUUAAAAGAAAAAAAACUUAGGGAUGAUAUGUUUUUGUCCGGUUUGUUUGAUAUUUGUUUUCGUCAGUAUGCAAUAUGUGUAGAUAUGUCCCUUUUAUAUCAUAUGUUGUAACUUACUCAUUGCUUGUUGAUGCAAUAGCUUCCCGUAAUAUUGCAGGAACUUAAAAUGCUUUCUUGUUUUUAUUUUUAUAAAACAUGCAUAAUAAAUAAUGAAAAUAAUGA